AUGAAUAAUUCCAUCGUUCCAGUGCUAAAUGAUAGUUUAAUUCGCAUUGAAAUCACCGAAUUCAUACAGAAAGUGAACUUUUGGAUUAUCAUCAUGGAGAUCCUGAUGGUUAUAUGCGGCAUUGUCGGCAAUGGUCUUGCACUCAUCGUUAUCAAUCGUCGUUCAUUACGUGAUACAUCAUCGAGUGUAUUCAUAACUUAUUUAGCGAUUUUCGACAUAUCCGUUCUUGUUGUUCAUGUGUCGAGUUUAGCAACAUCACAUUGGAUUUAUUCGUACAUUUCGCAUUGUCUUCUCACUUACCUAGCUGAUCUCGUUACCUUUUGUAGUGUAUGGAUUAUUGUCAUUAUGACAUUAGAACGGUGUGUUGCUGUACGUUCGCCAUUUCUUGCGAAGCGAUUUUGUACGACUGAAAAUGCUCGUUCGUCGAUUUACACUCUCAUAUUCGUUGCUCUAAUGUUAUUCUCAAUAACAUUCCCGUUUGUCUAUACGAUCGAUAAAGUUCAACAAAAAUGUGGUGUGCGAGCACAAUAUCAAAAAAUCAUACGGUUUAUCAAGCCAACAAUAUUCUACUUCGUGCCGGAUUUACUUUUACUAGCAAAUGUGUUUGUCAUUUAUGAACUAUGUAUGGCAAAACGGCAGCGACAACGAACAUUGAUGAAUCCGGAAACUGCUAUUAAUCAAUUGAAUGCAGUUUCGUUCAAUCGGAAGCAGCAACAAUUGACAAUCAUGCUUGUGACAGUUUCAUUGAGUUUUUAUCUAUUCACAACACCUGCUAUUAUUGAUUAUAUCCGUCAGAUAAAUCCGCCUAAACAUCAUGAUAUCAAACGGUUGAAAUUACGUUUUCUAAUGACGAAUCUUUCAGUUCUUUGGUUGCAAAUGAGUUCAGCAACAAACUUUUUCUUCUACUGUUUGGCGGGUUCGAAAUUUCGUGCCGCCAGUGUGGAAACAUUAAGUGACGUAUGUGAUUUUAUUCAAAGGAAAUUCAGUAACGAGCAAGACUACGUACCACGUCGACGGAGACGACAAACUCGUAGUGACGUUCGUUUAAGUUCAAUACACGGUCAAGAGCUGAAUGGUAUCCAUAACUGUGAAAACAACCGUCGAUCAGGUUCAAUCCCACGAACGUGUAUAUAUCCAUUAAACAAUUCAUCUAAACGACAUAGUAGUGAAACAGUCAUUAGUUCACAAUUGAACAGUAGACAACCAUCGAAAGGUGCUUUGUACGCACCUGAAGUUUAA